CGCUGGCUGACACUUUGCUCGGACUGAGGUGAAACCACCCGACUCUACACACGGGUUUACGAGGACUCCGGGGGAAAUACUACGUGAUCAUUUGAGCUGUGAAGACAUGGACCAGGCUUAGAGCCAUACAACGAACAGGUCAAUUUAUCAAAUAUUUAGAUUAUAACAGAGAGUGCAGAAGAGUCCUCAUAUUUCCUUUCUGUGAGUUUUAUACCUGUUGUUAUCUGAGUAACACACCCACCGGGACACUAACCUUUAAGAAUCAAGAAUAACUUCUUCAGUAUAAGGUGUUACCCUGUGAAACUGGUCACCUCUGGAUCUCGGCUCUAAUCUGUGAGGCUGCACCCAGACGGACUGAUAAGCUAAUCAAUACCUGGAAAAAAUCUGAGCUCGACACUUUGCAACCAUGAAUGAAGAAAUAGAGAUAUCAGAAGAGAAGGACUGGAGUGAGCUUGAACCCAACUACCCGGUCAAAAUCUUCCUCACAAUCUUUUACAGCGCCAUGUUGGUGACGGGCAUCGUGGGCAAUUCGGUCACCAUCAGAGCGACCCAGGUGCUGAAGCGUAACGGCUACCUGCAGAAGAACGUGACCGACCACAUGGUUAGCCUGGCGUGCUCAGACUUGUUGGUGCUCCUCAUCGGCAUGCCGGUGGAGCUCUACAGCGCCAUCUGGUUCCCCUUCACGUCCAUGUCGGGCAAUGUCACCUGCAAGAUCUACAACUUUCUGUUCGAAGCUUGCAGCUACGCCACCAUCCUCAACGUAGCUACGCUUAGCUUCGAGCGCUAUGUCGCCAUCUGUCACCCCUUUCAUUUUAAAGGCCUGGGCGGGAAGCGCACCUCCGCCCUCAUCGCCUUUGCCUGGGUGGUUUCGGUGCUCGUGGCCCUGCCGUUGCUCAUCGCCACGGGUACGCAAGGACACAUCCCCCUUCGAUCUGAAACUCCCGUCCAGAAUCUGACCUUCUGCACCAACCUGAGGGAACGCUGGGUCAUGUACAGGGCCAGCAUCUUUGUGGCUUUCAUCGUCUACAUGGUGGUGUUGAUCUGCGUGGCCUUCAUGUGUCGGGCCAUGAUACUGGUCCUGAAGAAACCUUUGGGAUCCACAGAUCCAGGAGUCAACGAAAAUCCAAAGCAUGAAAGUUCAAAGGUCAGGGCAGCCAGGAAGCAGACCAUCAUCUUUCUUGGUCUCAUUGUGGGAUCCUUGAUGGUUUGCUGGCUUCCCAACCAGAUCCGGCGUCUCAUGAUGGCCGCCGUGCCCAAGUCCCGCUGGACGAUCACGUUCUUCCGGAGCUACGUCACCCUCCACCCCGUGGCCGACUCCUUCUUCUACCUGAGCUCCGUCAUCAACCCGUUCCUCUACAACCUCUCGUCGAGGCAGUUCAGGGAGGUGUUUGUCCAGGUGCUGCGGUGCCGCCUCACCAUCCAGCACAUCAACAGGCGCACCUUGCAGCCGUCCAGACCCGCCUCUAAGCGCUCCCUGCAGCCCCUGCUUCUAAAGUCACUGCGCCGCAACAGGCCGAGUCAAAACACCGCCACACUAGAGAAACCACCCCCCACGUUUGCAACUUUCCAGCCUCAAAGUGACUCGGGCGUGGUUUUAGAUGCCCACGUGUCCCUCGGCCCGAACGAAGAUUCAGACUCGGGGUUCGUAAUGAACAAAGAUGAACCAUCAGAGAGUGACAUAUAAUAACUAAAGUGCUCCACAAUUUAAUGCUUUGCUUUAUGAAUGGGCGCUUGUGCUGUGCCAUCAGAAACACGUAUACACAUAUUCCUUACACACAGUAAACACAAUACAAGUUCAGCAGACAGUGCCGUGCAGUAGAAAGCUCGACAGGCUGGGUGUCACUAACACGGACUAUUUAACUUCAAAAUGUCAAAGUGUUUUAAGUCAUUAAACAUUUUUGCGUCUACUUUGUUCUUUUGUUUUUGUGAAACAUCAUCAACCCAUAAUAUGACCCCAGUGUUUCAUCUCAGAGAGGAAAGUUUUAUUUCAGCAGGAUGUGUGUUUUAUGUCUCUGUAGUGAUUUAUAUAUAUAUAUAUACACACAUACAACCGGUCAAAAGUUUUAGAAACAUCAUCCUCCAGUUUCCUCUGGUAUAGUUGGUC